AGUGCAACGGAUCAUGAAUGUGGCCAGCAUAGCAGAGAGGUGGUGUCGGGAAGGUGGUUGACACGCCUUCGUAUUUUUGAGAUGAUUGAAAGUGUAUCACGCAGAGCGUUGAGUGGCUCCAGUGGGAGCUACCACGUUCGUGGAGCUGAAUUAGCAAGAAAUUGUAGAUUGAAAUCUCUAUCUGCUACUGUUGUUUUCCUUGAUGACACCCAACAUACAUUUCAGUUAGAUAAAAGAGCAAAAGGUCAAACAUUAUUAGAUUUAGUAUUCCAACAUUUAGAACUUGUUGAAAAAGAUUAUUUUGGUUUGCAAUAUGCUGAAAAUGGAGCUACAACAUGUACAUAUUCACCAGAUAUAAUGAGGUGGUUAGAUCCUAGUAAACCAGUAAAAAAGCAGAUAAGAAGUGGACAAUUCUAUUUUAGAGUAAAGUUUUAUGUAUCUGACCCUAGUAAAUUACAAGAAGAAUAUACUAGAUAUCAAUUUUAUUUACAAAUACGAAGAGAUAUUCUUCAGGGAAAACUUCAGUUACCACCAAGUACAGCAUGUCUUAUUGCCAGCUAUACUGUUCAGUCUGAACUAGGUGAUUACCAUCCUGAGGAACAUGGGCCUGGAUAUCUGUCUAGAUUACAAUUGAUACCAGGUCAGACUGAAGAAAUGGAAAAGAAGAUAGCUGAAUUACAUAAACUUCAUAAAGGUCAAUUACCAGCAGAUGCAGAAUUCAAUUUCUUAGAUCAUGUAAAAAGAUUGGAUAUGUAUGGAGUAGAAUUACAUAAAGCUAGAGAUUCAACGAAUAAAGAAAUACAGUUAGGUGUAACGUCGAUAGGUUUAGUAGUAUUUCAAAAUGGAAUAAAAAUCAAUGUGUUCUCGUGGUCAAAAAUAGUUAAAAUAUCAUUUAAACGGAAACAAUUUUUCAUUCAACUUAGGAGGGAACAAUCAGAAAAUUACGAUACAUUACUGGGUUUUAACAUGCAAACAUAUCGCAGCUCAAAAAAUUUGUGGAAAGCAUGUGUAGAGCAUCAUACAUUUUUCAGACUUCACAGUCCUAAAACAAGGCCGAGACGUUUUCCACUUACUUUAAGUAGUAGAUUUACGUAUUCAGGGCGUACCGAAUUUCAAACAGUUGAAGAUGGAAAACAUAGAGCAAGAGUAGAGAGAACAUUCAUACGAUCCCCUAGUAAGAGAUUAGUACAUGGAGUUACAUCAGUUCCAAUUAUUGAAGAGAAAGGAAAACUAUCUAUGCCUCCUGGAAGACCCCCUAGACCAUAUGAUAAUAAAGUUCAAUCUCUUGGUGCUCGUGAACCUCGUCAAGCAUGGGGUGAAGGGAACCCUAGCGAUGACGAAGGUGGUUUUUUAUCUCUCCGAGAAGAAAUAACAAGUUCACAUACUCAAGGCAACGCAUUUUCUCCUGUAUUAGGUUCUAGAGUUUUAAGUUAUGCUGAUGAUGAUACAACUGUAGAAAGAAACAUUUAUGAUCUCCCUGAUUAUAGUGAACCUACAAGUUCACCUGCUCCCCAAAUAGUAGAAGAUGGAUUAGUUACAAUUUCUUUAACGCCAGAUGAACAAGGCCGAUUUGGAUUUAAUGUAAAAGGUGGUUUAGAUCUUGAUAUGCCUAUUAUAGUAUCGAGGGUAGCUCCAAACACGCCCGCUGAUCGUUGCUAUCCGAAAUUAAACGAAGGAGACCAGGUAGUGUAUAUAAAUGGAAUUGAUGUAAGUGGCUUAUUACAUGAACAUGUAGUAAAUCUAAUUCGUCAGUCCCGCGAUUCGGGUUCCGGUGAACUGACAUUAACUGUUAGACCAAAUGCUUUGUAUAAUUUACUAGUUGGUACUGAUGAAACGUCUGAAGAAGAACCUCCGUAUAGGUACGUACCGGAUGCACCUCAUGCAGCCAUUGGGUCAGACGCAUUGGCACAAUCGAUGCUACUUCUUGCUGAUGGUUUGGCAAGCGGUGCUUUAAUUGCACAAUAUGAACAGUUAUAUAGAAAAAAUCCGGAACUUACUUCUCUCGAAUCCAAGAAGCCUGAAAAUCAAAGUAAAAAUCGGUACCGAGAUAUUUCACCAUAUGAUGUUACUCGGGUUAUACUUAUGGGUUCUGCAAGCGGAGAUUAUAUCAAUGCUAAUUAUGUGAACAUGGAAAUACCAGGAUCGGGUAUUAUUAACAGAUACAUUGCUACUCAAGGACCUUUAUCUUCAACGGUUGCUGAUUUCUGGCAGAUGGUUCUAGAAGCAGGCAGUACUCUUGUCGUGAUGCUCACAACUUUGGUCGAACGUGGUCGAGCAAAAUGUCAUCAGUAUUGGCCUGCAUUAAAUGAAACUCUUACGUUACGAAAUCUUACACUCACAUCUACAGCUGAAAAUGUUGAAGAUACUUUUACAUUUCGGGAAUUCAUACUGCGUGACAUUAAUACUGGAGAAGAAAGAGACAUAACGCAUAUGCAAUAUUGUAGCUGGCCAGAUCAUGGAGUUCCCAGUGAUUGGCGGCAAUUCACUAUGUUUACUGAAAGAGUACGAGCAGCUCGAACCGGUAUAGUCGAACCUGCUGUCGUUCAUUGUUCUGCUGGAAUAGGUAGAACAGGUGUCUUAGUGCUAAUGGAAACAGCGUUGUGUCUUAUUGAAGCAAAUCAACCAGUAUAUCCAUUAGAUAUUGUGCGAUCUAUGAGAGAUCAAAGAGCAAUGAUGAUACAAAAUGCUAGUCAGUAUAGAUUUGUGUGUGAGGCGGUCCACAAAGCUUAUAGCGAAGGAAUAGCUAAACCACUUCCUGAAUUCAGCAGGUGA